UUUGAGCUCAACUGCUCCAGAAAUGAGUUCCAUAUAUAUAACAGAGCCCCCUACUAAAGGAAAGGUAGUUAAUCCAGCAGCAGCUGUAUUAGUGACUACUGGCCCCUCCCCUCAGGUACUAUUAAAGACCACACUGGGUGAUAUUGAUAUUGAACUGUGGUCCAAAGAGGCUCCUCUGGCCUGUCGUAACUUCAUACAAUUGUGUUUAGAAGAUUAUUAUAAUGAUACCAUAUUCCACAGAGUCGUUUUUGAGUUUGUAGCUCAAGGUGGUGAUCCCACUGGUACAGGAGAAGGUGGUGAAUCUAUUUAUGGUUCGCCAUUUAAAGAUGAGUUUCAUCAGAGACUCAAGUUCAAUAGACGUGGUCUGGUGGGAAUGGGCAAUGGAGGAAAGAAUGAUAAUACCUCACA